GGGAAAACCAGGAAGCCUCCAGCAGACGCCGUAUUAAUACAUGUAGCCCUUCUAUUUUCUCCGUGCAUUUUUUUCUCCACAGCUGCUUUACCUUCCAAAUCCAACCAAUCAUCCAGACUCAGACUGGGCCUUUCUUCACUGGUCCACUAGUUUGAGGUAAUUUUUUCGCGUAUCAGAGAAUCUAAAACCAAGUAUUAUCACUGGGAAAGAUGGGCUGGAACCACCCAGACAUUGCCUUGGAGGAAAUGGUGAAACUGACAAAAGGGUUCGUAGAUAUACUGAUUCUGACAUCUGGGUAUCAAUCCUCUGGUCGUCUUGCCCACUGGGAUCCCCAAAACAUCAAGAAAGCCUUUCAGUGGGGCCUCUUCUUUGAAAAUGUGUUUAGCCGUUUGAGCAGCUCAGAUUUUUACCAGGAGUCAGUGGAGGAACUUGAUGCAGCUCUAUCUGAAAUGACUUCCAAUGCUUCUUUCUCUCAGGGUCUUGCACAUCUGACUUCUGCUACUCUGACCAAGGCACGAGGAUUUGUAUUAGAACAUUUUAUCCAAACUUUACCUUUGAGGGAUUCACAUCUCAGAGCUUUUCUGACUGCAGUCAUUGAGAUGGAGCUUGAUGAACUAUCAGAAACAGAGCAUGAUUGCCUAAAUGCAUAUCUGAACAAGUUGACUCUGCAGAAUACAUCACUUAUCUCGAUUCCAGAUGACAGGGGUUUCAGGAAGGAUUUAGUUAUUCAAUUCCCAAGCAUUGCUUCAAUUAACAAGAUUGAAAAAUCCAUUGGUGAUGAUUUUACAAAGUAUGCCGUUCUAGAGAUCUUGAAGAGGUGUUGUGCUGUGUCUUGCAUAUCAACAGUUGAGACAGGCUUGAGUAUUCUCUCAAAUGCCAUCAGACAUAGCAGUCAGUCUGAUAAGAAUUUACUCAAUGAACAACUAAAGAAUGAAAAUGCUCCAAUUAGCUCCAACCUGCUGGAGACUGUUCAGGAGGGACUUAGACGGCGGAAACCACAAGCGCACUCUCAAGACCAGCUAUUAUCACUGGGAAAGAUGGGCUGGAACCACCCAGACAUUGCCUUGGAGGAAAUGGUGAAACUGACAAAAGGGUUCGUAGAUAUACUGAUUCUGACAUCUGGGUAUCAAUCCUCUGGUCGUCUUGCCCACUGGGAUCCCCAAAACAUCAAGAAAGCCUUUCAGUGGGGCCUCUUCUUUGAAAAUGUGUUUAGCCGUUUGAGCAGCUCAGAUUUUUACCAGGAGUCAGUGGAGGAACUUGAUGCAGCUCUAUCUGAAAUGACUUCCAAUGCUUCUUUCUCUCAGGGUCUUGCACAUCUGACUUCUGCUACUCUGACCAAGGCACGAGGAUUUGUAUUAGAACAUUUUAUCCAAACUUUACCUUUGAGGGAUUCACAUCUCAGAGCUUUUCUGACUGCAGUCAUUGAGAUGGAGCUUGAUGAACUAUCAGAAACAGAGCAUGAUUGCCUAAAUGCAUAUCUGAACAAGUUGACUCUGCAGAAUACAUCACUUAUCUCGAUUCCAGAUGACAGGGGUUUCAGGAAGGAUUUAGUUAUUCAAUCCCCAAGCAUUGCUUCAAUUAACAAGAUUGAAAAAUCCAUUGGUGAUGAUUUUACAAAGUAUGCCGUUCUAGAGAUCUUGAAGAGGCAUUGUGCAGUGUCUUGCAUAUCAACAGUUGAGACAGGCUUGAGUAUUCUCUCAAAUGCCAUCAGACAUAGCAGUCAGUCUGAUAAUAAUUUACUCAAUGAACAACUAAAGAAUGAAAAUGCUCCAAUGAAUGUAGAACUGUUGCUGGAGUUUAUCACCUGGAAACACUGGAAAUCAAGGAGUCUCUCAUAUUAUCUUGAUAAGAGAACUGUUAGAUUAGUCUCAGGUGCUAGCUUGAUAUUUUCUGCUCCUAAGGUUCAGUGGAUACAAGUUUUUCAAGGGCUAAAUAUUUCAGCCAAAAGCAGUGAGAAUGAUUCUAUUGAAAUAAUUGAGCUCUUGUUACUUGGAUGCAUUGCAAGCAGAUGGAAUUGUCUAAUUGAACAUUUCACAUCUAUUUCUUAUUAUUCCCGUACUAUCCCAGAGCAAUAUAAUGAGUUGUGCAACUUGGUUUUGGGAAGAUCUCAAAGCCUUAAUUCGAUUAAUUCAAAGGAAAGUGGCAUUCUUGACUAUCUGACUGGACUGCUGGGUGGUCAACUUCAUGAAUUAUGGAAAAUGUCCCCUGUCCUUGCAGCAGCUGCAAUUCCACUCUGGUCUCCCUUGUUAAGAUUGUACUUGAGCGAAGUGGAGACUCAAUUCAAAGGAGAUUUUUCGAUAAUGAGAUGCUGCAAUUGUACUCAAGAUAUGAAGGAACACAACACCUGUGAACUUGCUGAGAGAAUUUGGUGCCUCUACAUCGUUCAUGUUCGGGGCUCUCAUCUAUUGCAUGGUGCCACUAGCUAGUGCUCAAUAGCUGGCUAGUUUACUGGCUCAAAAUUUCCAUUUGGUUGUGAGUUUCCGUUGGAAGAAGCAGAAUUUUUAGCAAUCUAGCGUGAUGGUGUGGGUGUGAUAGCGCAGAAGGGAAAGAGUGUCUAAAAUGCCAGUGAACUUUUGUGAUGCUUUUGGGAAAGUUCACAGGAUUUUUGAGUAAAAUAGAAGGAAGAUCACUAAUGACAAACAGUAGCAACUUUUUUGAAGGCUAUCCAUUCUAAAGAGUGCUCAAAUACCACUACUGAUGUUACAUCACUAGAUGCAAAUUCUUGGACACUCUCCCCUAGCUGGGGCCAAUCUGACUAGGGAUGGUCGUAAAGCAAAGGUGGAUGAGCUGUUGAUGGUGAUGAUUCUUAUUCUGCCAAAUGGGAGAGUGACAUGUAAAGAUAUGAUAUCUGCCAACAGAAAUUGACACUAGAAAGGCAGUCUUCAUGUUUUCUUUUGGCUAUAUAAUCUCUUUGCAGUUCAUUGCUUCCAGCCAUACACAAAGCUCUCCUUGAAACAAUACACAGCUGUUGGUGGGAAAGGAGCUAACAAUGAAGAUGUCAAGCAUCUCCAGCUUGAGGAGGAUCCAGUUCUUGCAGUUGAAGAAGAGAAUUGCUAGUUCUGGCCCUUCUGUCACACUUGGGAGUGUCAAAAGAAGAAGAUUACUGGAUUGUUGCCAUGGAUCAUAUGCCUUGAGGCAAUUGGUGGGGAAGUUCAAGUCACAGUGGAAGCAAACUUUGGGUUGGCAAAGAAGCAGGGCACAGUACAGCUAUGAUUUUCACAGCUAUUCUCUCAACUUUGAUGAUGGUUUCUUUAAAUGACCAUCAUUGACAUCAUGGUUGCCCAUGAUUUUUCUCUUUUUCUUUUUAAAUAAGCAAUGAUUUGUUCCAGAGGUUUUUUAUUGUUUCAGAGGCCAUUAAUGGCGCAUACACCAGGGUUUGUUGAAUUCUUUAUCA